AUGGCUCCUUGGGACGAUGCCGCCGCGAGCUCAAGCGCGCCCGACGAAACGAGCGCUGGCGCGUGUCGAAGCCAGAGCUCGACGAUCGCCAUGUUGCCUUCGACAAUCGCGAGCAGCUGCGACGGAUGCAACUUGACCAACUUGACCGUGUCCGACUCGAGCUUUGAAGUGCUCAAGCAGCUGCAAGAAUGGAACGGCGACAAGACAAAAUACCGCGGCUACAGCAUGGACACAUCCGUGUACCCUGAUCCCGUCGCCUGCCGCGCCAUCCGCGGGUCGAUCAAGUUGCUCUGGAAGACCUCUGCCGGUGCCGAAAUUAUCAACGCCUGCGUGGUGCCAGGUACUUGA